AUGAAUUCCCGGCAACAGAAAUUUGUGAGAUUUCAAGAUCAGAGUUCAGGUGCUGGAUCAUUUCCAAUGAAGUUUAGACCAUCAUUGAAUCCUGUCAUGGACGCUCUAACAAGAGGAUUUGAGAAGGGUUCUGAAACACUUAGGAGCUUGAAGAAACCAAUAAGCUUCGGUUCUUCGAGUAAUAAACCAACAAAAGAAAAAGAAUUAGGUUCCAGGAAUAGAAUUCUUAACCCACAAGGGCAAUUUCUUCAGACCUGGAACAAAAUGUUUCUUUUCUCCUGUGCAAUUGCCUUGGCAGUGGAUCCCUUGUUCUUUUAUAUCCCUGUGAUUGAUGGCCAAAGAAGCUGCCUUAACUUGGAUCACAGAUUGGAAAUCACUGCUUGCAUCCUUCGUACAUUCAUUGAUGCCUUUUAUAUAGUUCACAUGAUGUUUCAAUUUCGCACUGCUUUCAUUGCCCCUCCUUCUCGGGUAUUUGGUAGAGGUGUGUUGAUUGAGGAUGCUAGGGUUAUAGCUAAGAGAUACUUGUCCAAGUUCUUCAUCAUUGAUAUUCUGGCAAUUCUUCCACUCCCUCAGGUGGUAAUCUUAAUUAUAACUCCAACAAUAGAAGGCCCGGUUUCAUUGGUGACAAAGGACUUGUUGAAAUUCAUUAUUUUAUGCCAAUAUGUUCCAAGAAUCAUUCGGAUCUUUCCUCUUUACAAAGAAGUUACAAGAACUUCUGGCGUACUUACUGAAACAGCAUGGGCUGGAGCUGCUCUGAAUCUCUUCCUCUACAUGUUGGCCAGCCAUGUAUUGGGAGCCUUUUGGUACUUGUUCUCCAUUGAAAGAGAAGACAUGUGCUGGCGCAAAGCUAUCGGCAGUGGUGAACACAGUGCGUUGUACUGUGAUAAAACCAGUACAGCAGUAAACGCAACAUUAGUGAGUCUGCUGAAUACUUCAUGCCCUUUUACAAAACCUGAUCCGAAAGUGUUCAACUUCGGGAUAUUCAAUGAUGCACUUGCUUCAGGGGUGGCAGAAAGCCGGGAUUUUCCAAAAAAAUUCUUUUACUGCUUUUGGUGGGGUUUGCGUAAUCUAAGUUCUUUGGGCCAAAAUCUCAAAACAAGCACUUUUGUGGCGGAGAUAAUCUUUGCUAUUUCGAUUCCCAUUCUUGGACUGGUUCUGUUUGCUCAACUUAUUGGGAAUAUGAAGAAAUAUCUGCAGUCGACAGGAAUCAGAAUAGAAGAAAUGAGAGAGAAAAGACAAGAUGAAGAACAAUGGAUGUCCCAUCGAAUGCUUCCUGAGAACCUGAGGGAACGUAUUAGGCGAUAUGAACAUUACAAAUGGCAAGAAACCGAAGGGGUUGAAGAAGAGAUGUUGAUUUCUAACCUUCCUAAAGAUCUCAGGAGGAAAAUAAAAAGGCAUCUUUGCUUGGAUCUUCUUAAGAGGGUGCCAAUGUUUGAAAAAAUGGAUGAGCAACUAUUAGAUGCAAUGUGUGAUCGUCUAGAGCCGGCGCUUUACACUGACAAGAGCUACAUUGUCCGAGAGGGGGAUCCAGUAGAGAAAAUGUUAUUUAUCAUACGAGGAAAUCUAAUAAGCACGACCACCAAUGGUGGAAGAACUGGUUUCUUCAAUGCUGUUUAUCUCAAGGCUGGUGACUUUUGUGGAGAUGAUCUUCUUACUUGGGCAUUGGAUCCCCUUUCCUCUUCCAACCUACCUCUCUCAACUAGAACUGUCCAGGCCCUCAAAGAAGUUGAAGCCUUUGCUUUAAUGGCUGAUGACUUGAAGUUUGUGGCCUCCCAGUUUCGUCGUCUUCACAGCAAGCAGUUCCAGCACACUUUCAAGUUCUACUCGGUGCAAUGGCAGACAUGGGCAGCAUUUUUUAUACAAGCAGCUUGGCGCCGGUGCUGCAGGAGGAAGCUUGUUAAAUCUCUACGUGAAGCAGAGGAUAAGCUGCAAGAUGCUUUGGCAAAAGAGUCUGGAGCCACUCUUUAUGCAUCAAAAUUUGCUGCCAAUGGUUCACAAAGCGCCAGAUUGACUCGCAGGUUACCAUCGCUUCUUCCUCAAAAGCCAGCCGAGCCUGAUUUUACUGCUGAAAGAUAGGUAAUUUUGAUCUUAAAUUCGAGCAAAUUUGGAAGAAUUCUUGUUUAUAAUGUAUUAAGCUAAACAUAUGUAUGUAUAGUUUUUCUUCAUUCCGAAUUUUUCCAUUGGAAAUUAAAGUUAUUGUAGGAUUUUCUCUACGAAAUGUACAUAGUAUAAGC